UGGGGGGGGGAAAGCUACAGCAGUUUGGGGUCCUGAACCUGUCAUCUAUGGAUUGGCGGGAAGGAGGAACGCCCGGUCGCUCAGGUGUUGUUGUGGCGCAAUGGAGACGACAGCGACCGGACGGUUCCAUCAAGCAAGUCGUGGCCACAUUGGCUCUUCCGUCAGACCGGGCGACCGCAUGCUGCGGACCCGUCGGUCGCCGUGUCCAAUGCAGACGGACGACCGGUCGUUCUGCUAUCCCGACCGGCCGCUAGGUGGUUGGACGGGUGACAACGACCGCCGCAGAAUGGUUGGGAUCGGACGAAGGAUCGCGACACGGUCGGCCGCCGGGACGUCGUGCUGGAUGAGUUUUUUAUGUCGUCUUGUGCCACGUGGCAAUCUCUGCCUAUCUCCGAUCUCCUGGGAUCGCCUGCACCCGCGUGGGCUUAUCUGUUGUCGUCAUCAAAUGCCACGUGGCGCACCCACAUCGGCAAUGCUGCUGGAGCGAAGGCACGUGGCAGCUGCCGUACUUGGCUUGCGCGCGCAAUGCCUGCGGCCACGAUCUUCCCGCACAUUUUUUGCUCAUCAUUUGUCUGUCGUGCCAGUCAUGCCGCCGCCGGCUGCUGGACGCAUGAUUGGGCAAUUCUGGAGAGCCGGCGGGAGGCGGAGACUGCCACGUAGAAUGCAGGAAGCUACCGCAGCUUUAAGCGGAGACUGCCACGUGGGCAAUUCUGGGAUCGGCAGCAUUAGCAUGAUGAUCGUUGGUGGUCGGGGCCGUCGCAUUGGACGGAGCCUGCCACUGCCACGUGGCGCCUUCUGUAGCGAAGAUGAGAAAGGAGGUGUUUUUUUUUGCGGACGUGGCCGUCGGAUCUGUCAGUUUCCCGCCAUUUCCGCCGGCGACGGCCGAUCUCGCGGCUACGGACCUGUUCGAUUUCCCGCCAAUUUUUGCGACUCGGUGGCAUUUGCGCGGGAAUAUCUCGGAGCGGGAAGACGGACAAGGAACCGCUCUCUCGGCUAUCGGGAUGAAAAGAGAUUUUCCAAGAGAUUAUCUAACAAUGAUUAUUUUUAUUAUAAUAAUUAUAAUUAUAAUAGCAGUGCGGAUCCGAAAAAGAGGCAGAUUCAUUGGAUGGAUCGCAAAGGACAAAAAGAGCGAUUACCAAGAAGAUGUCACGUCGAUCAGUGGUCGCCGAGUGUGGGACAGCAUUUGGCAGAUUUCCCGCCAAAUGACAUUGUUCCCCAUUUGGAUUAUCUGGCGGGAAAGACAGAGUGUAUGCUUCAGGCGUUUUCGUGGCAGUCCUACCAGGGUGGGCGCGAUGGCGAAGCAUGGUACCAAGUGCUGGAGCGAAUGGCAGACUACGUGGCAGACGCUGGAGUUACUCACAUUCUCCUUCCUCCCUGCAGCCAGGCCAGGGACCCUCAAGGGUUUAUACCACGCAAAUUUUACAAUCUGGACUCCGCAUAUGGAAGCGAACUGCAGUUAAGGAGCGUGGUGACCAGAUUCAGAGAACGGGGAGUACUUGUGUGCGCAGAUAUUUCUGUCACCUACUUGCCUGCCGAAGGCGAAGCAAGCAAUAGCAAUAAAAACCCUGGUGGGCUUUGGGACAAGACAGAAGACCGGGCAGUCGAUGGGCCGUUGCGGCGUUAUACAGAGCAGGGCUAUGGUGAUGGCGAUGGUGACGGUGAAUGUGCUGGGGGUACGUUCAGAAAUGGCUCCUGUGGCUCAAGACCGAUGUUGGAUUCGAUCGUCAUCAGGCCUGCACAUUAUCUGACAGGGGUGGAGCUUCGACAAAGCUGCAGCGGUGACUCCUGCAAUUGCUCGCAUGUAAGGUACUGUGAGGAGACAGCCCCUUGGUUUGUUGUCAGUGACUACUGGAAACCUCUUCGUUACUCUGGAAUCGCCAUGGACUAUAAUCAAGCGGGAAGUUUGUGGAACGGCAGUCCGUCGGCAGGAGGAGGAGAAGCGGGAGGAGCGGGAGGAGGAGCGGGGAAGGAGCGGGAGGAGGGACGGGGGGAGGAGCAGGAGAAGCAAUGGGAGGAGGAGGAGCAGGAGGAGCGAGAGGAGAAGCAGGAGGGGGAGCAGGAGAAGGAGAGGGAGGAGGAGCGGGAAGAGGAGUGGGAGAAGGAGCGGGAGCGGGAGGAGGACGAAGUUGCAGUGGAGGAGCUGCGGGAGAUGGCUAUGGUGGGAUCUUUGUCAUGUUGUUUGGCGGAGGAGGAGCGGGAGGAGGAGCGGAAGCAGCGGGAGAAGGAGCGGGAGGAGGAGCAGGAGGAGGAGCGGGAGGAGCGGACGAGGCGCGGGAGGAGGAGCGGAGGAGGGCCAGGGGAAAUGGGGAGGGGGUUAGGAGCGGGAGAAGAAGCGGGAUCUUUGUCACGUUGUGUGGCAGACGAGGAGCGGGAGAAGGAGCAGAAGCAGCGGGAGAAGGAGCGGGGAGGAGGAGGGGCGGAAGGAGGAGCGGGAGGAGGAGCGGGAGAAGGAGCGGGAGGGGAAACGGGAAGGAGCGGAGGAGACGCGGAAGGAGGGGCGGGAGCAGGAGCGGGAGGAGGGAUGACCAUCGGGAGGACCUCUGUCGCUGGAUCAAGGCUUCUGGUGGUUAUUGCUCGGCGUUUGAUUACACUACAAAGGGAAUUUUGCAACAAGCAAUAUGUUUACAUUCUGACCCAUCCAGGAACCCCAUUGAUAUUCUGGGAUCAUUUUGUGACUUAUGGUUUGAAGGAGGUGAUUGAGCACCUGCUGAAAAUACGGACUCGCAACCAGAUUCACGCAGAGAGUGAGAUAAACAUCUUGGCCUGCUGCCACGACUUGUAUGUCGCCCAGAUUGGGGAGCACGUUGACGACAACGAGAAGUUUCAUGGAGUUUACGUCAAGCUGGGUCCGACAUUUGACAUGCGAGGAACUUGUCCAGUGCAAAGGGAAAGGGAGGCAGCGGCAGCAGCUAGAACCGCCGACAUUGCUGAUCAGGUGGCUCUCCUUCGGAUCCCGGAAGCCGAUGCUGACCGGUUCCAGGAGGAACUAGCUGCUGCUGUAGCAGCCUUGGUCCGGCUGCGGACCUUGGAAAACCUUGAGUCUCGUAUGACAACACUUGAGCAGCGGAACGAAGAGCUGCACGCUAAGGUAAUUAGCCUCGAACAGUCCCAGCUGUCUGCCUCCCGCCCUCCUAACCCUCGAUCUGCUAUAAUCCCAACCUCUCAAGCCAACACAGCCCUCGUGCCAAGGGCAAGCGGAACCGUGGCAGGCGCAGGAACCAGUGCCAGCUCCUCGAGCGGCAGCACCGGCAAUUCUGCGCUGGUCAUGGUCCCGAAUGCAGGGACAUCAGCCCAAAACGCAGCAGUCCCUACUGGCGUUCAGUGCAGCGGUCCCAUGGUGGAUAAGCGGGCGGCCACGCUGCCGUCCAAGUACGACGGGAAGGCAGACAUCACCUCUUGGAUUAGUUCCAUGAGGUCGUACUUCGACGUCAUGCGGACACCGCAAGAGGACCGAAGUAUGAUCAUGGGGACUAAUACUGAGCCCGCCGUACGAAACCACAUUGAGCUCCAAGCUGUCACAGCAGGCUAUGAACGCAUAGACCUGACUGAUUGGUUGAAGGUCACACUUGUCCGCGCCCUUGAGGAUCUUCUCCUUGACCGGUACCGAGAUAAACAUGCUGCGCUCAAGGCUAGGCUGAAGCUUGAGGCCCUCAAGGGCCAAACAUGGAGGUCAUCCAUGCAGGCUUUGGAACAGCACUUGAGUGGUCUGUUCACCACUCCGGAUCUGGGAAUGACUGACGUAUCUUGUAUGGAUGUAGUCAUGGGAGUGGCCCCUAAAGAAUACCUCUCCCUGCUAGCACUCAAGGACCAUGCCACCUGGCGAGAGCUCAUGAAGGACCUAGUCGACCUAGAGGCCAAGGACCUCGCCAGGCGCAAGAAGGCGCCCGCUGCAGGUGGGAAACCACAACGCAAGCGGUUAGGAAGCAGCAACCAGCUUGCACUGCAUGAUCAUCGGGAGGCUGAAGAUCAGUCCUAUGCGGAUGAUCUGUCUUUAGAUGACGAUCUAGAGCCAGACUCCGAUACGGGCUGUUCCACAUCAGCCAUUGAGUGUGACAGAAAUGAUGAUGAGAAACUUAAUGCAUUCAGAAAGACUGCUUCAAAUAAGGGUCCUGACCGUGGUUCAGGUGUGCGCAUCACCUUUGACAAAGAUCGCACUGUCACACAUGAGCUGAAUUAUUAUGUCCUGGACAAGUGUCCUUUCGACGCGGUCAUUGGCUUGGGCUGGGCGGACAACCAGUUCGUGAUACUUGACGCCAACGGGAACGAACGUACCGUCUUGUUAGAUGAGACGCACGAGUCCCCUGUGACUCUUCUCAGUGCUAACAAAUUCUGCAGGUCAGUGCGCAGGCGCAAGGAAGCUGAGUUUGUACAUAUAGCUCUUGUGAAGCCUCUCCAUGUGCCUUCUACUUUUGCUGCAUUUUCUACCUCUGAAGGUAACUCUACCUCUACUACUUCUACUUCUGUUCCACCUACUUCUACUGUAAAUGAACAAUCUAUUUCUGGUCUAAAUACUUCGAAACCGGUUGUGAUUGCUGUAAAUUCUCGAUCUGAUUUUCUCUCCCCUGAUGAGGAUGAUCCGCCACCGGAAAUCCCAGCGAACAUUCGCCUUCUAUUAGAUCGAUUUCCUGAAGUUUUGGCUGAACCUCGCGGAGUAUCCGAGCGUCCAGUCAAACACAAGAUCGAGAUAGUAGAAGGGAGUGUUCCUCCAAAGGGUUGCGUCUACCGUAUGAGACAAGGCGAGUUGGACGAGCUGCGGAGACAAAUCGAUGACAUGAUUGAUCGUGGAUGGAUUAGGCCUAGCGAGUCCGAGUUUGGCGCACCUGUUUUGUUUGUACCAAAGAAAGGAGGCAAACUCCGGAUGUGUAUUGAUUAUCGUGGCCUGAAUCGAGUUACCCGAAAGAAUGCGUAUCCUUUGCCUCGCAUUGAUGAUCUGCUAGAUGCGGCAGGUGGGUGCAAGGUUUUUUCCAAGAUCGACCUCAAGUCUGGCUACCACCAGAUUGAAGUUGAUCCGAGUGACCAGCUCAAAACUGCGUUCAAGACACGCGAUGGGCUGUACGAAUUCAUCGUUAUGCCCUUCGGACUGACGAAUGCGCCAGCCACGAUUCAGUGCCUCAUGGACAAGGUACUCCGCCAUCAGCUUAACAAGUUUGUGGUUGUGUACCUUGACGACAUUCUGAUUUUCAGCAAGUCCAUGGAUGAGCACGUCAAGCAUCUUGAGGAGGUUUUGCAAGUCCUCAAAGAAGCUCAACUGCACCUCAACUUAGAAAAAUUUGAGUUUGGCAGGGACAGCUGUUAUAACCGUGUUGCUGAUGCUUUGUCGCGCCAUCCCGAGUAUUUGACUUGCCUUGUGGACUCUUACGACCUCCGGAGGAAUCUGAAGGAGGAGCUGGUCGAACACAAUGCCAAGGAUCCGGACCUUAGUCCCAUCCUUGAGCAGCUCAAGGUUGACCCCAACAGUCAGCCUGAUUUUCACGAAUGCGAGGGUCUUGUCUUUCGCCGGUACGGAAAGUUUGAUCGUUUAUGUGUUCCCAACCAUGCGCCUCUCCGGACUCACGUCUUGGAUUUGGCACAUGGUCGGAGUGGACACUUCGGCUUCGAAAAGACAUAUGGGAGUCUUUUGCAGCAGUUUGAUUGGCCGGGAAUGAAGGGAUCUGCUCAGAAAUUCAUCGCUGAGUGUCAAGUCUGUCAAAGAACAAAAGUCCAUAGGCAUAAGCCUUAUGGCYUGYUGAGACCCCYACCAAUUCCUGAYGGUCCCGGGGAAUCGGUCUCYAUCGAUUUCACGGACAUGGGAAAGGUGASUGCAGCAGGGAAUUCWCAAGUUAUGGUGAUUGUGGAUCGCUUUUCUAAAUUUCUGAACUUGAUCCCUYUACCUCCUCAUGCACCRACUGAGCUAGUAAUUGAAKAAUUUCACCAACAGUACAUUCUGCAGUAUGGACCCCCGAAAAUUCUUGUGAGUGAUCGGGAUACCAGAUUCAUCAGCGCCGAUUGGAAGGACUUCACGUCGCAGAUCUAUGACAUUAAACUGAACAAGACUUCUGGUCGACACCCCGAAGCCAAUGAAUUGGCUGAGGAGAUCAACCAGACUGUCAUCCAACUACUCCGCGCAUUAAUUGUUCCAGAUCAGAACACGUGGGACAAAGAGCUGCACAAGGUAAAGGGACUGUAUAACAUUUCCAUUCACUCUGCAACUGGCGUGACACCAAACCAGCUGCAGUAUGGAUGGCCGAUGCGCAAUCCCCUCUCCUAUCUGUUCCCCGAACGGUCACCUGAUCUGAUGCCCGACAUGCCUGGCUACAAUGCCAAGUACGCCCGCUUGCUCAAAGCUGUUACUGCAGCCAUGAACAAGCGCCAACAUGCCAUGAUCAAACAUGCUAACAAGCUGCGCAGGGAAGAAAAGUUCAAAGUUGAGGAUUAUGUUUGGGUCAAAAUGUCUGAGUUUUCUGAUGAAGAGGGCGURUCACGAAAGCUUCUUCCACURUACUACGGCCCUUGGCAGAUCCUGAAGGUGAUUGGGGAUGAUUUCAGUCCUUCGUAUGUGAUUGACGUGCCUCCUCAUCUGCGCACGUAUCCAGUUUUCCAUGCCUCCAAAUUGUUCCCACACAUUGAUGAUGAGACCUUUCCMUUCCGAGACCCUAUGAUACCUCGCCCUAUUGACGRCGGCCAUGAGAUUGACARAAUCGUUUCUCACGAAGGGAGAGGGAGGAACAGACAGUACAAGGUUCACUUCCUCUACCAUCCGUUGAACGAAUUCUUCUGGAUYRACCGGAAAGAGCYGCUGAAGAGUGCUCCACGUGUUGUGAACGCAUAUGAACGACAGAUUGUUGAUGGACAGACCGCUAAGUUUGCUGCAAAACUCACUCCGUUCGGUCUCACUAACACUCUCUUUUUGAUCUAUGCCUACGAUGCCUUUUGUACCGACUGUGACUGAGUUACUCGCUCGAAGGGACCUCGCUCUCGAGAGGGGAGUAAUGUAAUGACCCGCCAAAAACACAGACUGGGAACACUGCUGAUUUCUGGGAUUUGCCAAUGGAAUGAAUGCCUUGUUGUGAU